AUGAGGAGAGUGUUUGGAGUAAAGAAAGACAAAGAUCCCCCUCCCACCGUUCAAGACGCCUCGGAUCGGAUCAAUAAGAGAGGUGAUUCAGUUGAGGAGAAGAUAAAUAAGCUCGAUGCUGAAUUAGCUAAAUACAAAGAACAGAUCAAGAGGACCCGACCAGGUCCAGCGCAAGAAGCCGUCAAAGCUCGAGCCAUGAGGGUUCUCAAGCAGAAGAGAAUGUAUGAAGGUCAACGUGAUAUGCUCUACAAUCAGACAUUCAACCUAGAUCAAGUUGCAUUUGCUGCCGAGGGGAUUAAAGAUGCGCAACAAACAAUGUCAGCCUUGAAGACGGCAAACAAAGAGCUCAAGGGAAUGAUGAAAACUGUGAAAAUUCAAGACAUAGAUAAUUUACAAGAUGAGAUGAUGGACCUCAUGGAUGUGAGCAAUGAGAUUCAGGAGUCCCUUGGUAGAAGCUAUAGUGUACCUGAUGACGUUGAUGAGGAAGAGCUCAUGGGUGAGCUUGAUGCUUUGGAAGCAGACAUGGGGAUGGAAACUGAAAGUGAUGGAGUGCCUUCUUAUCUUCAACCUGAUAAGGAAUCUGAUCUGGAUGCAGAGCUCAACCUGCCGUCAGCACCAACAGGGCAUGCUCCAGGCCCAGGUAGCAGAACAAAUGCACAGACUGAGGACGAACUUGGUUUGCCGGCUGUUCCUCGAGCUUCACUCCGAGGUUAA